GAAGAGAAGAUGUCACCCGAGCAGCUCGAAUCACUAAUUGACUCACUGAACACCGAAGCGGAACAUCUGAAAGAGAAAAUCAAUGAGCUAUCUAUGAAAGUGCGAAGUUUCCCAUUGGGAUGUGAUCGUUACCACAGGAAUUAUUGGCAAAUACCUGGUGUGCCAUCGAUUCUGGUGGAGUCCGUCGAAAGUUCUGGACCAUCGAAUCCGGCGUGUAACAUUGAUGAAACCUGUGCAAAGGAUCCAGCGCAGCUUCAAGGUAGUUUCAUCUUCUCUCGUGGGAAAGAAUCAAUGUUGAAAUUUUUAGCUCCUGGCUUCGUCCAUCCUGAUGUGAUCGCUUGCGUAGAAGACCUUGUGGAUGAUGUCGUUACGGCUCGGUCUCACACGGAUCGACGAAAGCGGAAGCGGUUCCGUCGUAUGGAUAAUCCAUAUAAAAGGGGCUGGUGGUCUGUGGAUACUAAGGAAGCCCUAGAAUCUGUGCGAAGCAGUUUGCACGGUAGAGGUAUUCGUGAACGGGUUCUGCAUCGGUUACUCUGCAAAUCGUGGUUUUUGAAAGAUGUAAAAUUAGGCAAAGUUGAACUAGAAAAGGUUGAGGAGGAGAUGGACUUGGGCAAAUUCAAGAACUUGAGCUAUACUGCCGUACAUCGCCGACUUGAUGAGCUUGAAACUAGGAUAAACAAGGCCAAAAUCGCUGCAAGAGUCACUGCCAAUGGACUUCUACGAAACGGUGAAAGAACGUCAGCUGAGCUUAGGCAAAGGAUUCUACAUUGCGAAAAGCGAAUCAACCGAAGCUUCUUUAGACCCAGUUUUUGUGUCAGUGACAAGAAAUAUCUGGCCCAUACACUGAAAAUGGAGGAAGAAAGAAAGAAUGGUAGUCAUCCUGACGAAGAGGAAGAACGAUCAGAAGCUGACCGUGAUGAAGAAGAUGGUGACAGAGAAGAUACAGACAGCCGUGAAAUGAUAGAU